AGGAAAUUUGACAGAUGAAAAAUUUCGCCGUUCACAUAUUUAGUAGGGUGCCGAUUUAGUCUAGCUACGAAUCACCAUGCUAAAUCAAUGACCCUAUUUAGUUUGCCGAUUAAUCGGGCUACGCUUGAAUAUGAAAUAGUUGCCAUACUAAAUCUGCUGAUGAGUAGGCUCACACAAUUACGUAUGAUUUGGUAGCAUAAUAAGUUGAUCGACGUUAUCGGGAGGGAUCGGUCAAUUUAGUAGGUUUUCGAAGGACUCUAUUUAGUUGGCAAACUUUAAGCCUAUUUAGUAUGAAAUGGUCAUAACUGAAUUAGUUUUUGAGAUUUGUUGUGUGAUAAAGUUCAUCGAUGGGAAAGCUUGGUCUACAACAGCACGGAAGGCCUCUUCGGUGCUCAUCAGCGGUUCGUUGGAGUGGCGAGCGCGUUUCUAUCGGUUUCGUCAUGACGACGUUCAACCUGACCAAGUUCCCGGACGUUUGCCGGACAUACCUGAAGCCGUAAUAGAAGGUGUUCCUGACUCCAAUGGAGGCAUCGCUUGGAUGGCAAGCUUCUUUGCAGGACAGGACGUUUCCAGAUUGGCUAGAUUAAGAUUCCGGCAUUCUCAUAAGGUAAAUAUCCACAGGACUCGCUCCGACCCUGAAGUUUGAUAAACUUGGUACAGUAAUGAAUACUGCUAUUAAAUAUGGCUUCGUAGGUUUCAGGUUUGAUGACUAUUAACGUUCACCGAGAAGACCUGCUGCCACUACCGGCAAAAUGAACGGAUUAAACAAUCCGGGAGUGGCGCUAUUAAAUGAUGGUACCAGCAUUCAGGUUGCCAACACCAGCGCAUUCCAACGGGCGGCAGAAAAGGAAGCCCUGGAGGAUCAGAAACACCGGGAAACGGAGCUUGCCCAGCAAAUGCAAAAUGCCUUCAACGAUUUGAUAGACGAUGACGACCGAGACGAUACUCUGGACUCGGUGAAUUAUCUUUCAAACUGUUCCGAGCAUCCUGGAGGGUCUCCGCUACCCCUUCCUAUAGUACCAAACCCUUCUAAGGGGCAGCGCUUUCUCGACGGCAUCAAAUCGAUGCAAAAUGGUGGAGCCGGUGGAUUUAUCGGUGAUGGGCUGCAUGUGCAGGAAGCUUCCCACUGGUUCAAAGAUUCCGGCAUUCUCAUAAGAAAAAUCUCCACAGGACUCGCUUCAGUCCUGAAGUUUGCUGAACUUGGUACAGUAAUGAAUACUGCUAUUAAAUAUGGCUUCGCAGAUUUAUUUUUCUAGAUCAUGUGACUAAUAACCUUUUUGGUCGGGUGGUUCUAUUUUGCGGUCAAUCAAUCCGACUAUUUAGUACGAUUGGGUAGGGUGGUAGAAAAACAAUCGAUUUUUGAGGUCAACCAAUUCGGCUAUUUAGUACGAUUGAGUUAGGUGGUAGGCAAAAAUAUCGAUUUUUGCGGUCAAUCAAUCCAGCUAUUUAGUAAGAUUUGGUAGGGUGGUAGGAAUAAAACUCAAUUUCUGUGGCCAAUCAAUCCGGCUAUUUAGUACGAUUGGGUAGGGUGGUAGGAAAAACAAUCGAUUUUUGAGACCAAUCAAUUCUGCUAUUUAGUCGGAUUGAGUUGGGUGGUACGAAGAAACAUCCAUUUUUGCGAUCAAUUAAUCCAGCGAUUUAGUACGAUUGGGGAGGGUGGUAGGAAAAACAAUCGAUGUUUGAGGCCAAUCAAUU